GGCAUCUUCUAAAAUUGUUUCUUGAAUUGUAAAAGUAAAAGGUGUAAAACUAUUGAUAGACUGAUAUAGUUAGUUAUCCAAGCGGUAAUUUGCUGACUAUUUGAAUGUUGGUUAAUAGUUGCGUCAGUAAGAAGGGAUUGUCUUUUAAUUGCAACAGUUCUUCGCUUGAUAUAACAAUUGCAGCGUCGUUUUCUGUUUGUUUGUUUUGAUCCAGUGUUGCUAUCCGAAGUCGGUCGUAGUCGAGCAGUGCUGUGAGAGCCGCCGGUCCUUUCCUGAGACGAUUGGACAGAAGGGUGCACGUGGGGGCUGCAAGUACUGGUGUGAAAUAGCAGAGCGACGGUGGAUGGGAGCGCCAAGGUAAUUAUUGAUCGGGGAACCAACUGUGUGUGUGUGCUGCGAACGGCGAGCGAGUGCGCAGUGACUGAUCGCAUGUCAGGGACGGAAUGCUGCUGAUGUUCUUAUCCCACGGGACGAUUAGCGACUACGCUCACAAGGCUCCUUAAGGCUUCUUUAGAGGUGGCCUAGUUUUUUUGUCUUGCUAUUGGUGUGCAAUAACUAUCCGUUGGAAUAAUAAUCUGGAGCGUUGACGUAAACGGAAUGUCAGGGAUGUCGGCACUUUUGGAUAUCGGCGAGCAAGUGUAUAAGUGUGAGUUGCUCAAGGAGCGUCGAGUAAAGAAUGGUCGCACGGAAUACCUGGUGAAAUGGCGGGGAUGGUCGCAGCGCCACAACACCUGGGAGCCCGAGGAAAACAUCCUGGAUCCGAGCCUCAUCCGCGCCUUCGAACUGGAACAACAGAGCAAACUUACCCGCAAACGCCGCCGUGGACGGCCCCCUACCAAGAACAAGGAGCUUCGCCCGGAGAACACGGAACGCACAGAACGAUCCCGGUCUCCAUCCCGUCCCAAGUCCCAGGGCCAGAGCAUCUCCACGCCUAGCCCGCCGCCGGCGCAACCGGCCGACUCCGAUGACGCCGCAAGUGAGGUCACGGACCCGGACAGCAUGGCCUUGGAGCGCGGCCAGCGCCGACCCAGCGUGGACGUGGUGGCGGGCGGACCGCCGCCGCUGCCGGUGGAAGCGGACCCGACAGAGCCGGUGCGCAUCAAAGAGGAACCGGUGGAGGCCUGCAUUCCCAUGACCGUGCAUCCAGGGACGUCGCUGCAGCACAUGCUGGAUUCCUCGUCCUCAGCAGACGAGGAGAGUGUGGAGGCGGAUGGGGACGAAGUGGAGGGCAAGCAGUAUACCCAGGUGACCGCCGGUGGGGUGACGGUGACGUUUGAGGAAUGGAAGAGCAAGCGCCUCUUUUAUGAGGCCUUUACGCCCGAGCAGCUGCGCAUGGCGCCCCAACCGGUGGCGGACGCGCGCGCCGGAUGUAGCUGAAAAGCAACUAUGUCAGUAUGUGUGCCCCGUUGUCGAUCGGUGAACCGUUUUAGUUGAAUUGUGAUUUGCGGUGCGUGUAUCGUUGUGUUGUUCGUUAUUGACGUAUAGUAAUUUUUCCUAUCGCACGCUUGUAUAUUCCUGAGCGGCGACGUUCUCUGCCGGGAUGCGGACCUCUUGUGAGUAGCAAAUGUCUGUCUGGUGUCAGGCGCAUACGCUUGGUUUUUUUCCCAUGAUUUUAAUUACAUUUUUUGCCAGUCUGCCGAGCCGCCGGCAUAAGUCUGGUGGCUGCCGGAAGACGAACAGAUUCUUAUGUAGAUUUUGUACUUUUUUUUGUUUGCCUCUGCACUGACUGCACCGCGUUACUUGUUGGUUUUUUUGUUUUGAACAGCUAAUAUAUAAUUAAAACAGGCUAAAAGUUUGA